AAACAAGAGUGGACUUGUUGACGAAUUUUCUGAUUAUUUUUGUCGAGAUUGCUUUAUUGAUCUUUAAAGUUUUCAAAUGAGUUUAUUCAAACCAUCUCAUGUUUUUGCCAAUCUACCAGAUACAGCAUCAGAAUUAAACAAGAUGAAUUCAUUAGCAAACGAUGAAAACCAAAUUACAGAGGCCAAAAUUGACAAUCGUGUUAUCCAAGUUUCCUCUGUCGGAGUUGUUACAUUGCCACCUGACAGGUGCAGGCUCACUAUCAGAAUAACAUCAACAAAAGAAACCGUAGCAGAUGUGAAAGAGAGCACCACAAGAAGACUAGAUUACAUCAUACAGACGCUUCACAAUCACUCUGUGAAGGACUCGGACAUACAGAUUAACAAGACAAUGAGGCGAUCAGACUCGAUGUACCAAAUGGAUGUUGAAGUAACAGCUCUCUUCAUAGAUCUUCACAAAUGCCAGAAUGUGUCCAAUCUUCUAGUGGAGAAACUUGACCCUACAGUGACUGUGUGUUUACCAGAGUUUUUUCAUUCUUCUGUCACUCUCCAGAACUUAAGACAACAAGCUAGUUUACUUGCCAUUCAUAAUGCCAAACAGAAAGCUCAGGAAAUGGCCCGCUUCGUGAACCAGUCUGUUGGCCGUCCAAUCAGCAUUAAGGAAUUAGAGAACAAAGAAUGGCAGGGGACAGAGGAAUCCCCCGAUGAAUUUAACACCCCCAGGACUUUACAACAGAAAAUGAAUAAUUCAAGUGUUACAGUCUCAAGCAAAAUAUCUAUUACAUUCGAACUGAAACCAAAAGUGAAAAAAUUGGGACCAGAUGCAAAGAGCUAGCAUUAAUCGCACCAUAGCAUCAAAUUGUUGGAUUUUUAUUGUUUAGUUUGUUAUUAUUUUGCACCUGUGAUAUAAAUAUAGAUCUGAAAAAGGACCAGAUGGAUCGUAAAAGAGAGUGUUAAUAUUUUUUUUACUUUAAAUCUUCUUCAUGAACUGAAUAAUGACUUUUAAAGAUUGCUUACACUUGAGUUUAAUUUUGUAAAAUUUUAUUUAUUUUUUUAUAUAUAU